CUCCAGGUGAUGCUGGUUGGUGACUCUGGGGUGGGGAAAACCUGUCUGCUGGUUCGCUUUAAAGAUGGAGCGUUUCUAGCUGGGAGCUUCAUCUCAACCGUCGGUAUAGACUUCAGAAAUAAGGUGCUGAGCAUUGACGGUGUGAGAGUUAAACUACAGAUCUGGGACACGGCGGGACAGGAGCGAUUCAGGAGUGUGACGCACGCCUACUACCGAGACGCUCACGCUCUUUUGCUGCUGUACGAUGUGACAAAUAAAGCGUCUUUUGACAACAUACAGGCCUGGCUCACAGAGAUUCAUGAGUUCGCUCAGCAGAACGUCGUGAUCAUGCUUCUGGGUAACAAGGCUGAUGCUACACAUGAAAGGGUUGUGAAGAGAGAGGAGGGUGAAAAACUGGCCAAGGAGUUUGGUGUUCCCUUCAUGGAGACCAGUGCUAAAUCAGGCCUGAAUGUGGAGUUGGCCUUCACUGCAGUGGCCAAGGAGCUGAAGCACAGGGAGAUGAAGGAGCCGAACGAGCCCAAGUUUCAGCUGCAGGAGUACGUUAACAAGGAGAUGAAGGGAGUCGGCUGCUGUCGCUCAUAAACCCUCUCUCUCUCGCUGUCUGUCUGUGUGUUUUUCCGCUUUCAUCCUCUUCUAUCACAUAAAUCGGUUGCCUGUCAGAUAUUCUGCGGCUCUGGAGACUUGUGUUCUAUCUUUGGACCUCACAGCUCACAAACAAUAGCCAAUGACACAAAGCAAACACGGCGUGAAGAGCAGCCGUCAUCAGAAUGCAAUUGGCACGUCCUUAAAUAUUUGCACCCCACAUAAACACAGACCCACCUCUCGGAGCAGCUGCGAAUGUACGUUCAACUCACGACCAUGAAGUUUGCUUUUAUCGCAUGAAAACAAUCAGUCAGUAGUUAGAUUCAGAAGCACACAUUGAUCCCAAACAUGCAAAUUUAAACUAAAGAAUUAGUAGAAAAAUUGUCAGAUUAAAAAGCUGCAAUUACCUUUUUGUGUCGGAAACGUUCAAUGUUUAUUUCAAUUAAAUUUAUCAAAGGAACUCGCUUUUUUUACACUUACUUGCAUAUGUUAUAUUCUCUCCAGUUUUGUCUUUGUUUUUUAUCAAUGUCUUUUCAUAACAUAUGAACUCAUAUUAAAGAUGUAUGUAUUGUACAUAUGAAAAAUAUCAUAUGGUACUUACAGUAGUUUGCGUACAAUAGAAUCGAUGUUUUAUGUUUAAUGUCCUGUAAGCUGAAUAUAUAGAAAGCUUUCAUUAGAAGAAGUGUCUUUAAGUGAUGUUCUGAAUUAAACAAGUUGAUGUAAUGUCAGAUUCUGUGCGUACUGUGCAUCGUUUAAUAUAUCGUGCUGUACAAAUAUUUUUCAGUACUAUGGCUUUUGCACUUUUGUUCUUGUUGUUGCUGAUAUUUUUAUAUCAUUUGAAACUAAAGGAGGAACCGUUUAUGGACUGAAAUGAAUGUUUUGUUGGUCAGGAAAUUUCUACGGAUGUGCCAUCUUUAACUGCUCACAGAUUUUUGACAACAAAUCAACUGAUGUAUAUAAGUUGAAUUUAUUUUAAGAAAUUAGAUGAAGUUGUAAUAUCAGAGAAAUGACAAGCAAUGAUAUACAGAACUUUUUUCUAUCUGGUAGGUGAAUGCAAAGAAUUGAUCUGUGUUUUGUUUUUGUUUUUCUCAAGGUUUUUAUGUAAUAUGUCUUGUAUUCCCAACAAUAAAAUCUGACAGUGAAGUGAA